AUGCUGAAUCUUGUGGAUGGCAGGAAAAUAAUCAAUGCUGAUUUACUACUCCCGGUAUGAUUUUGCUGGCCUUUUAUGCCCUAGGAUUUCCAUAAGUUAUACACUAAUAACUGUGGAUACGAAAUUCUCAUUCUAUUGAGCCGUCUGAUUUAAGGGACCAAGAAACAUAAUUCUGCUCAUCGAUAACAUCUGCGCUGUUUAAAUUCAAAUUUGGAGUUUGGUAUUUGUUUGCUAAAAAACAUAAUCCUAAACGAAUGAUGAAUGAGGCAGACUGACAGCUCCUUACAUAAUUCUCCCAUGACACCCACAACUACCUUUCAGAAUACAUAAGCGGGUUUAAAUUCAAGGUAAAAACAAAAUGUGUUAGACGGACUAGCAAGAGCACAAGAGGGAAAGUAAUCAGUGGGAAACGCUGCAAGGAACACGAGGUAGUGAUGUUUGCAUUUACUGUCGUCGUCGGCAGAAGGAAAGGGAGUUCCUUCGGGCGUCCAUUGAUCAUCAUUCAUUUCUUCAUCGUGAUCCACCUCCUUGGAGGAGUUCUCUGCUGCCGAAUAUGUUGGGCAGUAAUUUAUGAGGAUGGGCAGAUAUAGGAUGGUGUGCAGACUAGCUCAACGUUCUAAUGACAAUCUUAUGUUAUCUUCUAUUCAACUGCACGAUGCUGAGAAUUAAUGUGCGAGCGUUUCGAUUCGAAAGUCGGACUAGAACUCAGUUUAUAAUCUCUAAUCUCCUACCACAGAAGAGUAUUUUUGAAUGUAAGAAGUGGAGGAUUUUUGAUGACGCAAUGCCUCAGGUCCUGAGACCUUGGUAAUAUUACGCGACAGGGUAGUAUGACGAUAAUAUGCAGCAAAGAUUGUCCCAACAACAUUCAUUGACCAAAUUGCAUGUUGGCAAGACAGGCUUCAAUGCAAAAAUGGGUGGCCAGACGUGAAGAACGCGAUACCAUUUUUUAUGUGAACUAACUGAGCGAACCGUCUGUUAGUGUUCAUCACCCAGUCCGUACGUAGUCAGAAUUUCCGAUGGAAUUGGCCCGGAAAACAUAUCCCAGUGGGACUGAUUCGCUCCAUCAACUCUGAGGCAGCUACCUCCAAAUUAAAAUUUUGCAUUUUCAUUUAUCUUAGCUGCCCCUACUUUGCUCUUCAAAGAUGGACUUAACCAACACAAUCAGUACCGUCUGAUACUAUGCAGAAAAUCUCUAAACAAACCAACCGGCUAUAAUUAAAACGCAUCGGUCUCCAUUCAUAUGUUCCGCCAAAAUGCGUCUGGUAGUCUAAAUGACUAGGCAGAUUAUAUGACAUUGUCUUCAACAUCGUGCUUUGACCGAGGCACACUCCCCACUGAUUGCAGAGUGGCGAACAUAUACCUCAUUUACAAAGGGUGGAUCUAGAACAAUUACAAACAGUUAUCGGCCGGCGAGCCUUACGUAGAUUUGUUGCAAAGUUAAGAAGAGAAUAGUCAAAAAAAUUUAUAAUGAAGUUCCUUGAAGAAAAUGAUUUCAUUGCUAGUUCUCAACAUUUCUUUCGACGAAAUCACUCCUGCCUAACUAAUAUGUUGUAUUCAAGGGAACAGUGGGCUCGCUCGUUAGACGCAGGAACAAAGUUCGAUAUCGUUAACAUUGAUUUCAAGAAAGCCUUUGAUAGCGUGUCACACCACCGGUUACUUUAUAAGGUCCGAGAGUCAGGGAUAAGGGGAAACCUAUUAACCUGGGUAAAGGACUUUCUUACUGCCGAUUUUAGGUCGCUCGUGAAACAGAUCAUAGACGACCAGAACGUGUCCAGUGUAAUAGUCCCGAAAACGAAGAGCAAAACGCAAAAAACGCAAAAAACAUAUCUUCGGGGACAUCUUUCAUCACGAAAAGAAACUCAGUAGCCAAAAUCGCGGACGCCAGUAAUAGCAGGACAACGAGAACGAAGCCGCCGAUGAGGGCAGACUAGAUUCACAUGCAAGAUGUCUUUAGCGAUGUCACACAAAAAUUACCUGACGCAGAAGCUAUCUCGCCUAAACAUUUUGCUGUAAGUGACGGGAAUUCUCUUCUGCUUGGAGACGAUAUAACUGGACAUCCAGUCUACUAUUGCCCUCUUAUUCUGGCAACCACCCUCAGCGAACUACAGAGCUCGUAUCUGAAUUCGAAAACAUGAACCCGUGGGUAGAGGGGAGAGGAAAACGCCAUGACAAGUGUCUGAAGUCACAGCCAGACCUUAUGGGUUGCUCUGGACAGUCGGUAGACAACAAAAGCGUGCGUCCCAGCGACGACUCCGUAAAUCGUCCUCGCCCACAUUCAGCGAAUUCUCCGUAAAGACAAAGGAAGGACGAUGCUCGCCAGCAGUGUCUCGUUAUUUAGGGUUUGUCGGAAUCGAAUGCUGUCAGACCUAAAGACCGUGUCUCAGAGGACCUUGAUUCUUUUCAUGGUCUACUAAAUCAGUUACUCCAGGCAGACAUAGAAAUAAAAGUUCUGAAAGCAUUCAGGAUAGGAAAAAAGGAGUGAACACAGGACAGCAGCACAACUACCUCGCCCGCUCAAAAUAAUGCUGGAGAACAAAGAGCAAAUCAAAUUGUCCUCUCUAAAAAACCGACCUCAGAAAUAUACACGAAAAGGCUUUUUUCAACCGCACUUUUCACUAGCGGAAUGGCUGAAACGCCAAGAAUUUGUCUUGGAAUUCAAAUUAAGACUGAAGGAUGGCGAACACAAUCUGGCUAUCUUCAAGGGGUAGGUAGUUCGGAAAUAUAUGCCGUUUUAGUGGAAACAGCCUGUAAUACAAAGAACGACGGUAGCCAGCCAGCUAACUCAGAUACCUUCGUUGAGCCACCUGCUCAAGGCGGCAACACAAGUAGGCGAAUAAUGUGUAGUGAUCUGACUGAAGCAACGUAUAUAUAUGGAAUCCACCAGCCCAGUGAAUAUGGCGAUCGAGAUUACGGAGCAAUUCUCGAAACAGUAACAAAUGCAAAGGGAGAUUCGACUAGUGCAAAACUGAGGUGCUUGUACACGUAUGCCCAAAGCCUCAUAUCGAUACUAGACGAGUUAGAAAUUUCCCUUGCCGAACUGUCUCCAGAUGUUUUUGCAGUAACUGAGACCUGGCUGUCCGGAAAUACUAGCAAUAAUGAAGUAGCCUUGCCUGGAUACCAAAUUUAUCGGAGUGACAGGGAAAAAAUUGUCUGGGCGGUGCCAUAGUUGUGUAUGUAAAUGAAAGCCUGGCAGUGUCGGAAAAUACCACCAAGUUCGCCUGCGGCACGGUAGCUAUUUGGUUGACGAUCAAGGCUACCGGUUCCCCCCCUGCCAGCACAUUGCCCCUUCAUAGGCGGGGCUGGAAGGGGCUGGGUGGGGCCAGAGCCCCGCCUGCCAGCACAUGGCUCCUUCAUAGGCGGGGCUGGAGGGGGCUGGGCGGGGCCAGAGCCCCCCCUGGAUUGAAGCCUUUUGAAGCGUAUUUGCAUCGCAAGAUAUGUUCCAAAAGCACCACUUAUUGUACCUUCUUUGGAAUUUAAAGGAGCUAAUUUAUCAAAAUUGGCUUAUAAACCAUGGAGAAAGCAUCCGUUUACGUCCACUGAAUGUAGCUGCGGAUGAGCACAAUAUAUUGAGGAUUUGUUUAAGUCCCUCAUUGCUUAAACUCUUAUUUGUCCACCGGUUUACAAUCUGUGUGUGUUAUUAAUUCGUAUAUUUGACAAUGGGGACGAUAUUUUAAAGUGGUGCCAAAAGUGGGCUGGGAUGUGGCGUCCCCUGCGCAUUUUUUUUCGCUGGCGGGGCUAGGCGGGGCUAUCGCGUUGCAUGCCCCGCCACAGCCCCCUCCACAGCCCCGCCUAGCCCCCUCAUAGCCCCCUCUAGCCGCGCCAUUAUUGAGGGGGCCAGGCGGGGCUAGGCGGGGCUGGUGCUGGCAGGGCCGUGUCUUGAUGUCCGCACUGUCUACCGACCACCUAGGACGGAGCAAAUCGCAAACACUUAAGUAUUAGAGCAUUUGGAAUAAAUUUUCUAGUCGACCUAACAUCGUGAUCAUGGGUGACUUCAACGCUUCAGGGAACAAACUGGAAUCCCCUCCAAGCAUCAGGUCCAAAAUCGUCAUUCGAUUACCGUCUGCUGAACAAAACAUUAAAGGCAUCCCUCACACAACAUGUAACGUUCUCAACGAGAACACGUGAAGGACGAAGGACAAACUGCCUGGAUCUGGCUUUUACGAAAACACCAGACAGCAUAGACGAGAUCACCUCCAUGCCGCCCCUUGGCCGAAGUGAUCACAUAGUGCUUAUGUGGGAUUAUUCGUUAUUCUCCAAUUCACAUGCUCCAGACCAAAAAAGACGGAAUGUUUGGCGAAGAGACUUAAAUCAGGUGAGGGCAGACUUAUCCGGUCUCGACUGGGGCUCACUGUUACCGGGAAAUGUCAACGAUGACAGGGAGUUGUUCAAGUAUGUCCUUCUGCAGCUCAUCAACAACCGCUGCCCACUGACUAGUGUAAGACUGAAUAAACAGCCUGGGUGGCUAAAUAGGAACCUUAAGAAAGAAAUCAACAGGAUGCACAAAUUGUGGUGAAAAUACUGCGUCACUGAGCAAGUUGAAUAUUACAACACCUAUAAGACACAGAGGAAGAAAUUGAGGAGCAUAAUCAUGAAGACGCGGCGGGAAUUCGAGAAGAACUUUGUCAAAAGGCAACGCAAAACCCAAAAUUACUCUACAGUUACCUCUGACGAAGUACAAGAAACAGGCAUCAAAUCCCAUUAAUAAGGAUAAGUGAUGCGGUUAGAGAUUGUUGAUACUAGGGUUAAAGCUGCGUAUUUUUCCCAGUUCUUCCACUCAGUCUACACAAACGAGACAAGGUUCCUUCCUUCAGCCAGUCAAGCCGUCGGUCGCUUCCAAAGCACAAGUUGAAUUCGUCACGGUCUACAGCUGAGCACGAAGCUAAAAAUGUACAAGGCCGUCAUCCUGCCGACACUACUGUAUGGAGCGGAGACUUGGAAGGUGUACGCAAAGCAGGCACGUCGACUGAACCACUUUCACCCUAACUGUCUCCGUCUCAUCCUGAAACUGAACUGGCAAGAUCGAAUUCCCGACAGUGAUGUUCUGGGACGGACGGGAAUCCUCAGCAUCUACGCCAAACUAAGGCAAAUGCAGCUGCGCUGGAGCGGCCAACUGGUGCGCAAGGACGACGAGCGACUAACAAACGCCUCUUCUACGAAGAUGGCGCUACGGGUUCUCGUCGUCAAGGAGGCCAGUUUCGCCGUUACAAGGAUACCCCGAAGUCCUCCCCGAAACGCCUGCAAAUCAACUCCUCCAACUGGGAGGACCUCGCACUCGAUCAACCGACCUGGAGGAGAACAGUGAAGACAGGCGUUGCGAUCUACGAAGACGACCGCAUCGCUGCCUCCAAAGCAAAACGCGAACCCCGCAAAUCACAACUUUGUCCAGUACGCAACGACGUCGCACAACCGCUUCCAACGUGUCCUCGAUGUAAACAGACAUUCCGGGCUCAAAUCAGAAUUAUUGGACAUCUUCGGUUUGACAGCGCCUCUCGAACUGCACCAACCAUCGUCCCCCAGCCCGCCUAUUUCUUCUCCUCUCCGCCGCCAAAUAACCGACAAUUCUUCUGACCCACAACUUCCAUUCUCCUCCUCCUCCUCCUCCUCCUCCUCCUCCUCCUCCUCCACAUCCUCCUCCUUUUCUUUCUCCUCCUCCACCACUGCCCCAACGGCGGUUGCUCAGGCGGCCCUCUCGCACAUCACCAACCGCGACACAACAACAGAUACCACCCUCACCUCUCCCGACUCCAGGAAUGAGGAUCAGGACAAGACUUGCCCUCACUGCGACCGCACCUUCACCUCACACAUCGGCCUGGUCGGCCACUUGCGAAUCCAUCACACAGAGACUGGCGAGCCAGUGCCUGGAGCGCCAACCUACACCCACCGCACACGCCUCCACUGCCCACACUGCCCUCGCACAUUCACGCAUCGCAUGGGUCUAUUCGGCCACAUGCGCAUUCAGGAGAGCGGUAUUGACCACAAUUCCGACACACCCACCACAUCCAACACACCCACCAGGACCAACACCAACCUCGCUCCAUCGCCACACGCGUCCAUCACCACCAACACCACCAGCAACACCACCACCAUCACCACCACCACCACCAUCACCACCACCACCACCACCACCAACGAUUCCUCUACAGCUGACACUGACAACGUCGACCUCUCAUGCCCCCUCUGCCCACGCACGUUCAUCUCACGCAUCGGCCUGGUCGGUCACUUGAGAAUCCAUCGCACAGAGACUGGCAAACCAGUGCCUAGAGCACUAACCUACACCCACCACGCUCGUCUCAACUGCCCACAGUGCCCUCGCAGUUUCAGGCAUCGCAUGGGCCUAUUCGAAUACAUGCGUAUCCACGAUGACCUGCGGUGGACAACCGCCGGUUACACCACACAUCCACACACUCCCUACCUUCCUCCACCAUCACCACCACAUAUCAACACGCACCCAAUUGCCAACUCCCGCGCAAAUGGGAAGUCCGCAUCUCGACUCGGUCCUCAUAAGGCUUUGACUGCACGGGUGACUUGA